AAAAUAACCCGUCCCUCGCAAAUCCUUCACAUUUCAGUCCACUUAUAAUCCCCUCGCUCUCUUCUCUCUCUCUCUCUCUCUCAUGGCGGCCAAAAAGGCAUCAGAGACAUUCUCAAAGGCCCUCGUCGACGAGGUCCAGCGAUGGGGAGAGAAGAAGCAGACGGGGGUGAGCUUGAGGUACAUGAUGGAGUUCGGAGCAAAACCCACCCACAAAAACCUCCUGAUUUCGUCGCAAUUCCUUCACAAAGAGCUCCCCAUCAGGAUCGCGAGGAGAGCCAUUGAGCUCGAGAGCCUCCCCUUUGGCUUGUCCCAUAAGCCCGCCGUCCUAAAGGUCAGAGAUUGGUAUUUGGAUUCCUUCCGUGAUCUUCGAUCCUUUCCAGAGAUAAAGGAUUCAAGCGACGAGUUAGCAUUCACCCAAAUGAUCAAGAUGAUCAAAGUGAGGCAUAAUAACGUGGUACCCGCUAUGGCUUUAGGAGUGCAGCAGCUAAAGAAGGACUUGAACCCCAAAGUCGCGACUAAAGAUCUACAAGAAAUUCAUCAAUUUCUUGAUCGCUUUUACAUGUCAAGGAUCGGAAUCCGUAUGCUUAUUGGACAGCAUGUGGCUCUGCAUGAUCCUGAUCCGGAACCUGGAGUUAUAGGUCAAAUAAAUACUAAAAUGUCUCCCAUGCUCGUGGCUCGAAAUGCUAGUGAAGAUGCUCGCAGUAUAUGCUUGCGGGAGUAUGGAAGUGCUCCAGAAAUUAGCAUAUAUGGAGAUCCAAGUUUUACCUUCCCAUAUGUCCCUUCACAUUUGCAUCUUAUGGUAUUUGAGUUAGUGAAGAACUCUUUACGUGCGGUUCAAGAGCGAUUCAUGAAUUCAGAUAAAGAUGCUCCUCCUAUUAGAAUAAUAGUGGCUGAUGGUAUAGAGGAUGUUACAAUAAAGAUAUCAGAUGAAGGGGGUGGUAUACGGAGGAGUGGUCUUCCAAAGAUUUUCACUUAUCUUUAUAGUACCGCGAAAAAUCCACUAGAUGAAGACCUUGGAGUAGUGGAUGGGGUAACUAUGGCUGGAUACGGUUAUGGGCUCCCAAUCAGUCGUCUAUAUGCUCGAUAUUUUGGAGGUGAUUUGCAAAUUAUCUCCAUGGAAGGCUAUGGAACUGAUGCGUACCUCCAUUUAUCUCGCCUUGGAGAUUCGCAAGAACCCUUGCCUUGAUGCUUCACAAGAUUGUUCUCCAUUUCUUCUGUUUGGAGCUCAAAAAAAAUUGUACAUCACAACAUUGCUGUAGCUGACUUUGUGGCUAAUUCUCUUAAUUUAGAAGGAACUUCAGUAGAUAUCAUGCUCUGUAUUCUCAUUGUUCUCUAUUGAAAAUCUGCAGAAAUUUUCAAUUGCCAUCAAGUAGCGAAGAAAGAAAGAAGGUAGUUUGUACAUAUGCAUUAAAAGUCUGCAGAAAUUUUCAAUCGCCAUCGAGUAGCCAUAUGCAUUAAAAAUCUGUAGCCUGUAGAAUAAAAUGUGGAAUUAUCAUCGGAUUCAAUCGGGAGAAGGAAAGUGUUUACUACACCUUUUUA